CCUCUCCGAAACCUGAUGUCCCCCAUUAGCUUUCCCACGAGCCCCACCGUCUUCCUUCGCCAAAACUCUCUUGCUCAGUUUCUCGACUCCUCCUCGCAUUCUGGAAGGCUCCAAGCCGCGAGUUUUACGGCUGGACGUCGCCUUGGAGCAAAACUAGGGCAGUUUCCGGGUGACUAACGGUGAUGUCGGCGUUGGCUGCGGGAACUCUCGCCGGCAAUACCCCUUCCGCUCAAGACUUCUUCAUCUGCAUGCGCUGUGCGCGCAUUCCUCCGAUUAGAUUCAAUAUCCAGCAUUCUUUUCGGCGGAGGAGUUCAUCUCGGGUUUCUCUCCGAUCAGUUCGAGAGCAGAGGUUAGCGGUCACCGAGGCGCCGAGGGAAGAAGAAAAGGAGCUGGAGUUGGUGCAUGACUACAGCUGGAAUGGAAAUGGAAGCGUGCCGGGGCUUGAAGUUGCGGAGAGGAGUGCGAAUGGAAACCUAGAUGCUUAUUUGAACGGGAAUGGCGCGGGAAAUGGGAGUUUGGUGAAAUAUGUUGGUGGGACUGAAACGGCUGUUGGGGAAGUGGAUAGUGUGACGGCGGAGAAGAGGAGAAAGAAGAGGGUGGAGGAAAUUGGAAAAGAAGACGCAUGGUUUAAGAAGCCUCAGGAGAACCAGGUCUCUGUUGCUCCUGGUGGGCGCUGGAACAGAUUUAAAACCUACUCUACAAUUCAAAGAACCUUGGAGAUUUGGGGGUUUGUUUUUGCAUUUCUUUUCAAGGCAUGGCUGAACAACCAAAAGUUCUCUUACCGAGGAGGAAUGACAGAGGAGAAAAGAUUGAUUAGACGGAAAACCCUGGCAAAGUGGUUAAAGGAAAGUAUUUUGAGAUUAGGGCCCACAUUUAUCAAAAUUGGGCAGCAGUUUUCUACAAGGGUGGACAUUCUUCCGCAAGAAUAUGUUGAUCAGUUGUCCGAACUUCAGGAUCAAGUUCCUCCAUUUCCUUCUGAAACUUCAGUGUCUAUUAUAGAAGAAGAGCUUGGCAAUCCUGUUGACGAGAUUUUUGAUAGAUUUGAUUACGAACCCAUUGCUGCUGCCAGUCUUGGCCAGGUGCAUCGUGCGAGCUUGAAGGGGCAGGAAGUGGUUAUUAAAGUACAGAGACCAGGAUUGAAGGACCUAUUUGACAUCGAUUUGAAGAACUUGAGGGUAAUUGCUGAAUACCUUCAGAAAAUAGACCCAAAAUCAGAUGGUGCCAAGAGAGAUUGGGUUGCUAUCUAUGACGAGUGUGCUACUGUCCUAUAUCAGGAGAUAGACUAUACAAAAGAGGCAGCUAAUGCUGAACUAUUUUCAAGCAACUUUAAAGAUAUGGAAUAUGUUAAAGUGCCGAAGGUUUUCUGGGAAUACACCACCCCACAGGUGUUGACAAUGGAAUAUGUUCCGGGAAUUAAAAUAAACAGAAUAAAACAGCUAGAUCAAUUGGGUGUUGAUCGGCAAAGGUUGGGUAGGUAUGCUGUGGAAUCAUAUCUUGAGCAGAUUCUAUCUCAUGGAUUUUUCCAUGCUGACCCACACCCUGGAAAUAUUGCUGUUGAUGAUGUCAAUGGUGGGAGACUUAUCUUCUAUGAUUUUGGAAUGAUGGGAAGCAUUAGUCCAAAUAUCAGGGAAGGACUACUCGAGGCAUUCUAUGGGGUUUAUGAGAAAGACCCUGAUAGAGUGCUCCAGGCAAUGAUUCAAAUGGGCGUGCUUGUUCCCACUGGUGACAUGACAGCUGUUAGGCGGACAGCACAGUUCUUUCUUAACAGUUUUGAAGAGCGACUUGCAGCACAAAGGAAAGAAAGAGAGCAGGCAACGGUUGAACUAGGAUUCAAAAAACAAUUGAGUAAAGAGGAAAGAAUUCAAAAGAAGAAGCAGAGACUUGCUGCGAUUGGGGAAGAUCUUUUGUCAAUUGCUGCUGAUCAGCCCUUUCGUUUUCCGGCAACCUUCACAUUUGUUGUCAGAGCAUUUUCAGUGCUAGAUGGGAUUGGGAAGGGCCUUGACCCGAGAUUUGACAUAACAGAAAUUGCUAAACCUUAUGCAUUGGAAUUGCUGAGGUUCCGGGAUGUUGGUUUUGAGGUUAUUGUCAAGGAUCUUAGGAAAAGAUGGGAAAGACAGUCUCGUGCAUUUUACAACUUAUUCAGACAGGCUGAUAGAGUUGAAAAGCUUGCAGAAAUAAUUGAAAGAUUGGAGCAAGGGGAUCUUAAACUUCGCGUACGAACCUUGGAAUCAGAGCGAGCAUUCGUAAGGGUUGUCACUGCUCAAAAGACUGUUGGGAAUGCAGUCGCUGCUGGAAGUCUAAUAAACCUGGCCACAAUCCUAUACUUCAAUUCAGUUCGGUUUCCUGCCAUGGCCGCUUAUGUUCUCUCUGCACUUUUUGGUGCCCAAGUCCUUCUCGGCAUAUGA